AUGAUCCUGAAAGCCCUCUUCUUCUACCUGUUUGCCGGUGUCACACUGGCGUCAGGGUUCAUGGUGAUCGCGGCCCGAAAUCCGGUGACGUCGGUUCUGUUCCUGAUCCUGGCCUUUGUGAAUUCAGCAGGUUUGUUCGUGCUUCUCGGUGCUGAAUACCUGGCGAUGCUUCUUGUGGUCGUCUAUGUCGGCGCGGUCGCGGUGCUUUUCCUGUUCGUUGUGAUGAUGCUGGACGUUGAUUUCGUCGAGUUGCGGCAAGGCUUCCUGCAAUAUCUUCCGAUCGGUGGUCUGGUUGGCCUCAUUCUCAUGGUCGAGCUCCUGAUGGGCCUGGGAGCCUGGGUCAUCGUACCUGACGUUCUUGGGCAUGGCGCGGAACCGACACCGGACCUUGCCCAGACAAGCAACAUCGAGGCGCUCGGGUCGGUGCUCUACACGAAAUACAUCUAUUUCUUCCAGGUCGCAGGCCUGGUGCUGCUGGUGGCGAUGAUCGGGGCAAUUGUCCUGACCCUGCGCCACAAGCCGAAUGUCAAACGUCAAAGCAUACCGGAUCAGGUCGCACGCACACGCGAGUCGGCCGUCGAAGUCCGGAAGGUGGAGACGGGCAAGGGUAUCUGA